GCAGGAGAGCUGGUCUUCAGUUGUUAAAACAAGUUUGGUCCGAGUCCGAGCGACUUUCCCUCGGUCCCUGUAUUCACGGCUAACCGGUAAAUCCCAGCAUGGAGAUCAACCACUUUUACACGAAGCUUCGCCGCGACUUCGGCCGCCGGUGUCUGUUCUCUGACCGGCCUGCGGACCUGAGAGCGGACGUCCAUCCGGAUCCCAGCCUGGCCUCCCACUUCAUCCAGAAGACCUCCAAAGAUCAGGCCACGCAGGCCUGCAGUGAAAUGUCCGAGCACCUGGUUAACACCAAACACGUUGAGUUCAAAAGCUGUGGCAUAAACCAUGUGGAGGGCGGAUGGCCCAAAGACAUCAACCCCAAAGACGUGGAACAAACCAUGCGCUUCAAGAAGAGGGUGAAAAAUGAUAAAGGCUACAUCAACAGCAUCCAGCAACUCAGCAAGGUCAUGGAACACAUGAUACAGAACAACAGCAUAGACAUCCACCAGCAGUACUUUGAGGAAGAUGAGGUGGAGGAAACUCCAGAGCUGACGUCUGCAAGAACCGUCAUUGUCUUCAGGGAUCCCAACAAGGUGCAGCGUACCAUCUCUGGCCUGUCGUGGCACCCUGAUGGCGGCAGGAAGCUGGCUGCGGCAUACUGCUGUCUCAAGUUCCAAAGGACACCCACAGACAUGAGCUUGGACUCCUACAUCUGGGACAUGGAGAACCCAAAGUGCCCUGAGAUGACUCUGGAACCAGAUUCCCCUCUUGUUUGUCUGGACUACAACCCAAAGGACCCUCACACUCUGGUGGGGGGCAGCUACAAUGGGCAGAUUGCUUACUGGGACACUCGGAGAGGCACCCAGCCUGUAGAGUAUUCCUCUAUGGAGCACAGUCACAAAGAUCCAGUUUACAAGAUCAUCUGGUUGCAAUCUAAGACUGGGACGGAUGCCUUCUCUGCUUCCACUGACGGACAGGUUCUUUGGUGGGAUGUCCGCAAGCUGAACGAGCCAACGGAGCACCUAGUUCUGGACCCGAGCCGAGAGGGGAUUCUGGAUAGAGCUUUAGGUGCCAUCUCUCUGGAGUUUGAGCCCACCAUGCCAACUAAGUUCAUGGUGGGCACCGAGGAGGGCCUGGUGGUCUCCUGCAACAGGAAGGCAAAGACUCAAGCUGAGAAGAUUGUCUGCACAUAUCAGGGCCACCAUGGAGCCAUUUACGCCAUGCAGAGGAAUCCCUUCUUCCCCAAAAACUUCCUCACCGUCGGGGACUGGACGGCCCGCAUCUGGUCAGAGGACAUCAAGGAGUCGUCCAUCAUGUCCACCAAGUACCAGAUGUCUUACCUAAUGGACGCCUGCUGGAGUCCAGUAAGGCCUUCUGUCUUCUUCACCGUUAAGAUGGAAGGAGUGUUGGACAUCUGGGACAUCCUGUUCAAAGAGAGUGAGCCCACCCUGAGUGUCAAGGUGAGUGACAAAGCUCUGUACAGCCUCCGCAUUCAGGAUAACGGCCAGCUGGUGGCGUGCGGCUCCGAUAAUGGUGAGGCCACGGUGCUAAAGAUCUGCUCCGGACUGUCAACCCUUCAGAAGAACGAGAAGAGUCUAGUUGCCGAUAUAUUUGAAAGGGAGACGAAGGGGGAAAAGAUUCUGGAGGCUCGUCAGAGAGAGAUCCGUUUGAAGGAAAGAAGUCGCUCAGAACAGAGCAGAGAGGAUGAGGCGAGGCGGGAAGAUGGGGAGGAUGACCCAGAGCAGCUCAUCGCCAAGGCUGAGAGAGACUUCUACAGCUUGGUGGAAGCCGAGAGGAAGAGGAGGGAGAGGAGAGAGGAGACACCACAGCAGAAUGGAGACUGUAAUGGAAGAGAAGUAAAUAACGGAGAGGAGAAUGGUGAAACAGUUACCAUGAGUUGACUUGUCUUCAAACCUUUCCACCUCUGUGCCAGUUUAAUAUCUUUUUAUUUGCUAAUUUGUGCUUUAUUGUACAUAGUUCAGCUUUGUUAAAC